AUGGCGUCCAAGUCAAAUGGUUUUGAUGAUAUGGUUGAGUUGCCGCAAAUCACUGAAAAAGACAUCGGGGAAAACCUUCGCGUUCGCCUCAAGAAAGAAGUGAUUUAUGUAAGUCGGUGUUUUGUGAAAAAUUGAUUUGAAAAUGCAAGUUUACCUCAACUCCUACUAAAGAAACAAGUUUAAAUUGUCCAAAUGGCCAUAUUCCUUUUCUCCGUCAGACAUACAUUGGCCGCGUGUUGAUAGCAGUGAAUCCUUUCAAAGUUCUGAAAAUCUAUGGCUCAGAGGCCGUGGAUUUCUACCGCGGGGGUGAAGAAGCAGACGACAUGGGUACACCAAAAAUUGACGACCGAGCAACCCGCUGUACAACUGCACAGAUGCCUGCAGACAUCUUGGAUGGCAGAAGGAGAAGUAUACAAAAAGAAACUUCAAGUGAGACUGGAAUGUUCAAGGAUAUAAAGGUACAUUAGGGCGCUUUUCGAUUGAGUGUCAUGAAUCCAAAAUUAUAGUGACCACGACAGCCAAUUAGAAUAAAGGAAAACACCCUUAAAAACCAAUGGUCACAACUAAAUUGUCCAAAGCGCGGGAAAACGCAGGCGACUAAGUCGUGAUCGGCUUUACUUUUUCAUCUGAUUGGUUGAGAAAAAGUGGUGCGAGUUUUCUGGACCAAUCGCAAGGCGAAGUUAAGAAAAACCUACGCAAUCCCGGAUUACUUUCAACGCUCAAUUGAAAAUUGUUAAAUCGUUUGACUCCUGACAUCAUUUGAAGUUUACCACGUUUAGAUUGUUAUAUUUUUCACAGAAAUUCGGACUUGUUCUCUUUGAAUAGUGUUUAUUGUACCUGUAAAGCAGGAAGCAACCAGCUCGAAGAAUGUAACGCUAAGAUUUUCCUUUUAAGGGUCCCAAGCCUCCUCAUUUGUAUGCCUUGACAAACACCAUGUAUCAGAAUAUGAUGAUGGAACGUGAAAAUCAGUGUGUUAUCAUCAGGUACAUGUCAAUAUUUUUCCUUUUAUUUGCUUUGAUAUUAGCUAUUAGAAUGUUAUGCUACUCAUGUGGUUUUAUUUUCAGUGGAGAGAGCGGGGCGGGUAAGACAGUUUCUGCAAAACACAUCAUGAACUUCAUUUCUAAAGCUUCUGGUAAAGGAUCAGCAAAAGUUGAGGUAAUGUUACUGUACACUUACUAUAUGUGAAUAUGAAGCUAUUAAUAGUAUGAGAAAACUUCUACCCUUUCGAACGAGCUCUAAAAUACUAAAAAAAAACCAAAACAAAACAAAGAAGCAAAAGCAACAAACAAAACAGGAAUAGAACAAAAGGAUCUUCGAACACCUAAUCGGAAGUUUAAUGCUCGAACUAGAGAGAUUCUAAGACAAAAGAGUGAUUGGACUAGAGAUAUCACUUGUUUUGGAUCAAUUUCUAAAAAGGCUUUUGAGAACAUUUUGAUUAUUUUAAAAUGUUUUACCCGAGUAGGCAAACAGCAAACAAGUAUGUUGAAUAUAUUUUCGUGUCAUUUUGUGUAAAUAUGUGACAACAGAAUAUCAAGGACAUCAUCAUUCAAUCCAAUCCCUUACUGGAAGCCUUUGGUAAUGCCAAGACCACGAGGAACAACAACUCAAGCAGAUUUGUAAGUUUUAUUGAAAUUAAAGCUACCUAAAAGAAAACAAAAACAGUUGAAGCGAUAAAAUUUCCAAAAAAGCAAAUCAUCGUUAGAGCGCUUUUCGCUUGAGCGUCGUAAAACCAAAAUCAAAUGAAACACAACAGUCUAUCAAGAAAAAGGUAAAUACCUCUUAGAGCCAACGAGAACUCAAGUAAAGACAAAUAAACUGGCUAAAGUGCAGGAAGAAGCAGGCGAUCAAGUAGCGACUGGAUUAAGUUUUCAUAUGUGAUUGGUGGAGAGAGAAGUAUGAGUUUUCUGGACCAUUUACAGAGCGAAGUGAAGCAAAACCAAUGCAAUCUGGGAUUUCUUCCAACACUCAAUUGAAAUUGCUCUAAAUGUAAAAGAAAAGUAGACGUCCCUAAACACCUUACCAAAACUCUAUGCUUGAACGCGAGGUUUCUUCUUCUAGAGUAAAAGCAGCUAGUUAUCACUCAAUAAAUACCGCUUGCUAUUACACUAUUAUUAUACUAUUAUUAUACUAUUAUUACACCAUUAUUACACUAUUAUUAUACUGUUAUUAUUCUAACCAUUGUCUCUCAUCAGGGUAAAUUUAUGGAAAUCCAGUUUAACUAUUCCGGCCAUCCCGAUGGAGGAAAGGUUUCAAACUUUCUACUAGAAAAGGUGAAGUGGUUCUUUUAAUCAAUUUGAAAUUUCUGAAAUCGUUUUUUUUUCUUUGUUGUUAAUGAAGCACAAUUUCUUCUAAGUCUUCCCGUUUAGUUUUCAAUGAUCCUUAAUUGAUGUAGAAUCUGCAUUUCAGUCCCGUGUAGUGACUUUGAACCAGAAUGAGAGGAACUAUCAUGUCUUCUAUCAGUUACUUGCUGGCUGCGCAAAAGAAAAUCGAAGUGAGUGCAGUUUCUUUUGCUAAUGCGUUGUCCUACUAUGUAAACAAGAUCGUAUUCUUAACCUGGUUUGUGAUCUGUCUGCAUUCAUAAUUGUUUUUUUAAUUUUUAUGGUUUAUCUUUUUUUUUUUCUAGCUGAUGUCGGAAUAGAGGUCACCAAACCAGAGACUUAUUACUAUCUGAACCAGACUGGUGUUUACACAGUGGACGGCACUAACGACACUGAUGAUUACCAUGAUUUAAUAGUAACUCUUCUGUUGAUUUUUUAUAAGCAGAUCUCUUCAAAAAAAUAGAUUUCAUGUUACCGUGAGUCUGUGGAACAUAAAAUUGCGCAUAAUGUCCAAUCAAGUGUGUCACUGAUAUACAUACCACAUUUUGACGUCUUUUGUGAUCUAGCAGGGACUUUUAGCGGUUAAGACUAAACGCCAAGGAAGACGUCGAUUUAAAAAUGAAUAUAUAUAUAUUCAGAUGGAAUUUCUCAACUGAAUGGAUUUGUUCACCGUCUCUUACGGCGCCGCAAUUUAACCUCAGCAUAACGUACGAGAGCAGCGUUGAGUUCCAAAUGGAAAUUUAAAUAAUUUUCCGUCGGGGUUUCCUUUCUUGGACCACGCAAAUUUUGAUGACUUCACGUUGUUAUUUCGCAGAGGAGGGCUUAAAAAUGUUCACAGUUUUAAAACGCAAGUGCUGAGCUAUUGUUCCGCUCAUUAGAUCUUUUGUUUUGCCUCGUCCUUGUUGCCGUCGCCGUCGCCGUCGCCGUCGCGGUUUGCUAAAGGUCCCUAUUGCUGUGUAAACCCACGGUAGCAUGGAAUGUGUUUGUUUUUAGUGAUAAAUUUUACGUCAUAUAUUUAUGACUUCCAAAAUAUCAUUUGUAAGAACCAAUCAAGAAGCGCGUAUAAUUCAGCUUAUCAUACAAAUGUCUCCGUCUGCUUAGUAAAGUUAUUGAUUGGAUUCUGAUCUACCUAUUUGUGCCUAAGCCUGUCAAUUUAGGCAUAAUCUAUUCAACCCACUUCAUUUCAAGACGAUCGUGAGGAUAAUUUGAAGAAAAUGAUUUAGAAAGAGUUACUACUUUUUUUAAACAUCUGCGUCAAGUUCAGACAUUGCAAAAUACUUUCCACGGAUUCUUGCUUUUUCAUGUCUGAAGUGAAUGACUCUUUAGAUGGCUCCGAUCUCUCGAUGGUUAACAGUUAAUACACGAUUGAAAUUCCUAAUUUUCUUUCACCCACAAAAUUGCGACAACGGUAACAGACAAAUGAUCAAAAGGUGGACUGUUUUGUUCUAUUUUUUUCACAGAAAGCCAUGACUGUGGUAGGAUUUGACCCGCAGACUCAAGUGACCAUUCUCAAACUGGUGUCGGCCAUCUUGCAUCUCGGUAAUGUGCAGUUUAAAGAAGAAAGUAACGUGGCUGUACCUAUCAAUGACGACCGUGAGUAUUCAUAACUUUCUGUUUACUGAUAUCAUCUUUUUAAAAAUCUCAUAAUAAUUACCCUUGUUGAUAGAUAUUGAUUUUUGACCCAUGCUUUCACGAGGUCCUCUAACAUAAUUGUAUGUCUCACUCGGCUUCAUGUUUGUUUCUUCAAAGUGUUAACCAUGCCCGCGAAACUGCUCAGUGUCAACAAGGAUUUACUCAAGGAGAAACUGGUUAGGUUAGUGAUUCCGGAAAAAAACUUGUACUUCCGGGGAAACUGGUUGGGUCAGUACUUCCGGAAAAAACUUGUACUUCCGGGGAAACUGGUUGGGUCAGUACUUCCGGAAAAACUUGUAUUUCCGGAGAAACUGGUUAGGUUAGUACUUCCGGUAAAAACUUGUACUUCUGGAGAAACUGGUCAGGCUAGUACUUCCGGAAAAAACCUGUACUUCCGGAGAAACAGGUUAGAUUAGUACUUCCGGGAGUGAUUAGAAACUCACAACUUUGAUGAUUGCUUAUCAAUCGAUUCUCCUCUUAAGAAAUAUCAAUUUCGUUGUAAUUUAAUAGGAUAAGUAAUUUAAUAUUUGCGCACAGCCCUAAUGUAAAAAGAGCGAUGCCUUAUUUUUGUAAGUUUCUCAUUGCAUAUUUGUUUUUUGUUUAUCAUUUUGUUUAUCUAUUAUUUAUUUUGAAAUUUUGAAAUUUUCUGUUUCAGCACCGUAAUGGAAGCCAGAUGGGGAGGCAAAGUUGAAAUCACCAAGAAGACAAACAACGCUGAACAGGUUUAGUGAAUAUUCCGAUACUUUUUCAGUUCUCUGAUAACUAAAUAUACUGGCAAGAGAAAGAGAUUAGUAUGCUGCCUUGUUUGUGCUCAGUUGAAUAUUCUAAAGUAAAGAAAGGAAUGGUUUAAAAGCCAUUUGAGCCUAUCAGUAACUGCAGUUUUAGGGAGUAGACGUCAACAUAGUAUGCAACUUUGCUCAUUAAGACUGCGUUCAAAUGAAUACUUUGACUGGCCAACCCUGUAUCAGGUCUCUCAAGGGGCUUUUCAACACAACGCUACGCAAUUUUCUGACUGUGAAGCAUGGUGAAUCCAUCACCCGGGUCUCGUAAAUAAAAGAAAUUCGUUCGGUUUUUGUUUCUGAGCGGUCAGUAUUAGUACUCUUUUAAAUAUAGAGACAUUUCAUGAUCAUUUUUCCUUGCAUUUUUGUGUUAGCUUUGAUGCGAUUAUCUGAUAACCCUGGCAAAUUUGCAUAUUAUCCUUGAGCAUGUGAUGCGAUUUCUGAGGAAAACCCUUGGGAUAUCACUAUCUAAUUUUUUUCCUAAUAAAAAUCGGACAAAAAGAGGAAAACGAACGGGACUGCUCAUUAAGAAAACCCUGAUACGACUGCGAAAGAAUCAUGAAUCAUUUGCCGUUAUUAGCCGGGUGAAAAACUGGGACCUCGGUCCGUAUUUCACCAUGAAUUCUGAAAUUAAAAACCUUGAUUUAGGGCUGUCGCCUUCUUAAACUUUUUUUGAGCUAAAUGGUACUCUGAACAAAUUGUUUGAGAAAAUUUUCAUUUGCGUAGAUAAAGGUAAAAAAAAGGAUGAAAACAUUAUUUGUAGAGUUCAAUCGAUUCAGUUCAACUGUAAAAAUAAAUACCUUUUUUGAAAAACAACGAAACUAGUUUGGCAAGGACUGUCACCACAGUUUUUCUUCAAAAACAGUUUCUAACGGAAAGUAUCAUUCACUCAUUUUUCAUGUACGAACGAUUAAAAAUUAAAUUUUUUGUUUUGACGGUUUUCUCGUUUGUUUGAUGGGCCGUGUGUAAAUCUGGUUAACCUUCAAAAAACUAAAUUUGAAUGAUAAACUCCAACACCAUUGAUUUUAAUGUCAUUGAAUUCCAAAGUUGAUUUGAGAGAAUUGAACGGACUUGGAGAGACUCACUGAGAGCGUUUAUUUGUUGAAGAGCUGAAAUUAAAACUUCGCUUUUCAUCGGCCAAAUUGUUUGAGAUAUUAAAUGGAUAAAAGUUCCAUUGAUUAGUCCGACGUCUUUGGUACUUUUUUUUUGAACGAUUAAAAUUAAUUGCCAGUUUUCAGGCCGGUCAAAAACGAAUGACACCAUUGAUGUUUCUGUCAACCAAAGUGAAUAAUGGCAACGAAUUACAUGUGUAAUUGCCAAUAAAGCUGUUAAAAAAAAAAAAAAAAAAAAGGAAAAGAGCGGAUUUAUAAGUUAUUUAUCGGCCUAAGGUAGUGGCCGACGUCUUUGCUUAAAAAUACUGCCCAGCCGGAAAAACGAGAUAUAUUUAUGAAAAAUGGCAAAGAAAGUAGGGAUGUAAACGGCGACUCACGAAAGCGUUACCGUUGCUUGCGGGCAGAGAUAGGAAAAUGCGGACCGCGUAAAGAACCAAUCAGAUUACAGGAUUCGUUACCGUGCCCUCUGAAAAAAAAAACUGGAAUAUCACAAACAAAAAGUUUUACCGCAAAAUGCGAAUACCGGUUUAAGGUUUUCAUCAAAUUUAUGAAACUACUGGGAUAUCUUCGGUUAAGUGUAUAAUGUUUUCAGCGGCCAUUAUGGAGCGAAAGAAGGUUUGCGAACAUACUUUUUAAAAGAUUUUACAAAACUUUUCGAGACUCAACGACAACAAAGAUCGAGACCGCGCGAACAACAAGCCCUUUGAAGCAAAGUCGCGUAUUCCUGUUUUGUUCGUAAAAUUUGUCGCGGAGCUCUCAGCGAGUGACGCGCGCGCCACGAAGCCCCAUACUUAUCACAUUGUUUUUCUUUAAGGCUUUUUACCAUUCCAGCUCUAGUACGAUAUAAACACUUUCAAUCAUGGAAAGUGAAGUGUACGUCUUGUUAAUUAAUUGUACAUUUUUUUCCAAUCAAUUUAAUUUUUGUUCCAGGCUCAGUUUGCUCGUGAUGCUUUGGCGAAAGCACUGUAUUCACAGGUUUUUGAUUAUCUUGUUCAGGUAAGAACCUGGUCAGACAAUGAGUUAUCAUGUUUCAGGGUCACCAGAAAAGUUAUUUCAAAAACGAUAUUCAUAGUAUAGUAACAUAAUAAAAAAGACAGUGCGAUAGAAGCAUUGAUUAUAUAGUUUUGUUUUGAAAAUGUAAGUAUUUCCUUUAACUGGGAAUUUAUCUUGUGAUUUAUUAUAAGCAAUUAAUUAUAAUAAAUAAAACACAAGGUGAUACCCUGUAAAAUCAUUCAGAGACUGGGAGAAGUUCAAUUCAACGGGAAACAAAUACAGUAAUUUUACAACUGCUUAUAUUUUUCAGAGUAUAAACGAGGCAAUGUCAAAAGAGAAAGACGAAAUGUCUAUUGGUGUACUUGAUAUCUAUGGCUUUGAGAUUUUUGAGGUAUGGCCACACCAUCGCUUAAUUUUACUGCCACUACUGAAUAAAAACCUAUAUUAUAUGGCAAGGUAGUCCUGAGGUAAGUCCGAGAAUUCUGAUUGGUUUUUAGUUGGUCCUUUCUUUGCCAUACGGACCGUUUCCACCAAAACGGUCAUAAGCCCCGUAUUUUUGUUUGCGAAAGCCGGGAAAUUCAAAAUAAACAACCUAGGUCUGGGUGUCAUUUAACAAAAUACUGACUAACCUCGCUUGCUUGAGCCCGACUGAGGAAUGUUGGCCCUCAGUCGUUUUUGUGCGGCUCUCGCUGCGUUCAGUCCGCACUACCUCGGGACCAUAUUCUCCAGUGCGGCCCUCACGCUCGGUUGGAUACUUUAGCUAUUAUUGACACAUGCACCAUUUUCUUUUUUUAGAACAAUCAAUUUGAGCAGUUUGCCAUCAACUUUGUCAAUGAAAAGCUGCAGCAAAUAUUUAUUGAGCUUACACUUAAAACGGAACAGGUAGGCUUGGUUUAUUUUCGUACUUCUGCUUCUUACGAUGGAAAAAAAAAUUGAAAUCUCCACAUUAGUAUGAUGUCUUGACCCUUAGCCUUUUCCCCUAGCGAAAUGUGCUUCGUUUUCAAUCCCCUUAUUGUGUUUGCAGCGAUUAAAACAGACUUUCUUGGUAUUGUUAUUUCUCUCCAUCUGUGACUCAAGUUUUGAAUUGUGUCUGUAAAUUGUUUCGAAGGAGGAAUAUGUACAAGAAGGAAUCCCAUGGCAGGAAGUCAAGUACUUUAACAACAAAACAGUCUGCGAACUUAUUGAGAGCAAGGUAUUGCAUAUCCCUAAUACGGAGGUCACCAGAAUGGAACAUCUGUAGUUCAGCUGAGUUUUAACUCAAUUCUUUAUUUUGCGACAUCGGAAACGUCUUUUUAAGCUAAAGGAAACUCAUCUUUAAAUAAUGCCUAUACACGAGAAUAUCAAGGUCCACAAUGAAUGAAAGCAGAAGUUUUUUAAUUAAAAGUUUUCAAGACAUUGUGCUCUAAUCAAGGGAAUAUAAACUGUUGAUAAUCUCUUGGCUUUUAAUCGAUUACCUGUUCACCACGUGAUAAUGACUAUGGAAGCUCGUCGUUUUGAUUGGUUGAAUGUUUAUAGCGUCCCCCAGGUGUUAUGAGCACUCUUGAUGACGUCUGCAGUACAAUGCACGCAAAGACCGAAGGCUCGGAGAAAACUCUAAUGGAGGUACUUUAGUACAGUACUUGGGCUUGUUGACAUUCAUGUUUUCCAUUUGAUUGAUUUGGUGGUCAGAAAGGUGUGUCACACUGAAAUAAAUUGGGCAAAGGAAUCUUUGUAACACAUAUCCAAAGAGAUAAACCCAGCCGUAAUUAUGAUAAUAAGUCUUUGCGAUGGUAGUUUUUUUGGUAGUAGUCUGUGUUUAAGCUGUGUUGAGAAUGAAUGAGCAGUGUAACACGGGGCAAUCACACGACUGUCACUAGACCAUUCUUUUCUUUCUCAAAAAAGGGCUGAAGUGCCAUCUUCAUGUACGCGGAAGUAGUUGUUCUUUUAGUUUCCCGUGUAAACCAUGUAACAUCCUGGUAUAAAUCAUAGCUUAGGUAUUCUUUAACCCUUUUAAGUCCUGAGAGUGAUCAGCAUCUAAUUUCUCGUUACAGUAAUACUGUUGUAUCAUUCACUAGGAUCACGAGAAUAAUAGAAUUGAUCGCCAACUGAAGAAGGUUUGGCUGUUUAACGAAUUCUCCUUGUCAGUACAAAAAAAAAAAUUAUAGAAAACAAUAUGUAGAAGACAGAUAGUGGUGUUAAACUGUAAAGGGUUAGCGGAUGAUGGGUUGCUCAUGAUUCUGGACUUUGUUCCAUUUCUCGUUUCCGUUUCAUUUUUUUUUUUAACAGAAACUUCGAGCAGUUGUGGCUUCAAAUAAAGACUUCAGUCGUUAUUUCAGAGCGCAGUCAAACUAUUUUACGAUCACCCACUACGCUGGAAAUGUGAGUUUACAACAAAGCAAUUGAAUCAACCAGUGAUAUACAUGUAGCUCUAAGCGGAUCAAUUUUGCUCUAUCUUUCAGGUGGAUUAUGAAGCCAAAGGAUUUUGUGAGAAAAACAAAGAUAUACUCUCAAACGAUAUGGUUGUAUUAAUGCAGUCUAGUGAGGAGUGAGUCAUAACUCAUAUUAAUCUCUAAAGAAAGUAAAAAAUUAUAAGUUAAUCAGUGUGUUAAGUCAUCUCUUUGCUGGACUCAAAUUGAGCAUACGAUAAAACUGUUUGACAUUUAGUUAUUUCUACAAACAAUAAACGGCUUCUCAAAAACAAUAUUUCAUACAUUGGUGUUUCAGUACAUUUGUUAAGGACCUGUUCCCUGUAGUUGCGAACCCUGAUAGCGGAGGUGGGCGUCGUGGUGGUGCGAAAUCAAAUACUGCUGGAGCAAAGAUUAAGGUACUGCGCCAAGGGUCUGUUUGCCUGUCACUAUCGAUAAAACGCUUAACUAAGGAAGAUUACAUCAGUGGUAACGUCACAAUGUAAUUUUGUCGCAAUUUUUGUCGUAUAAUAUCACAUGGAGGAUAAUACAUGAAAGCGCGUACAUGUAAAAAUGGAAUUCCACUGCGCUCACUCGUGAGAUAUCAAGUUGAACACGAGAAGAGAAAUUAUUUUUCUACAAGCAACCAUGUAUUCUCUGUGUAAUAUCAUAAAACAAAAAUUGCGACAAACGACCUCGGAUUGAGAGUGGUGAAUGCCUUGCCAUUCAUUCGCCAACCUGACAGAGUGGAGCAAAAGACGAGUGACGUGUUAGCAACUUAUUGGCGAUAUCAAACACAAAAAAAUUAUUGUAAAUUUACACUUGUGCAGUUGCAGCUUUUCUCAGGGCCGGAAAUCUUGAAAAAGAGUUUCAGGAGAAUGGUGUCAGUAACUGUAUUGACCUUGACAAUGAGGAUAUAAUAACAUUGAAUUGUAAGAACACUAAACCUAUUCUUGUUAUUAUUUUGACUUGUUCACCAGUCCCAGGCGGCAGCUCUGAUCACCAAGAUUAUGUCAUGUACUCCUCAUUACGUUCGUUGUAUCAAACCCACUGAGUCCAAGAAACCGCUGGACUGGGACGACCAGAGGUAUAUAUAAAAACCUUAUGUGCAAGGUUGAUUCUUGAAUUUCGAUUGGUUAAAUUUGAAAAGUUACAAUACUCUAUAAGAAAGACCAGCCUUGUUCUAAAGCCUCUUAACAAACUCCGUGUUCAACAUUUUCUGUUGAUAUACAAGGCGUUUAUACUAAGUUCCUUAUAAACACGAUAUCAGAUUGGAUGAUUUGUUUUAAUAAUAAGGUCUGUACCCGAGCCAAGUGCCUGAAGCAUGAAGCGACUAGGAGUGUUAAUUCCCCAUCCUGGAUGAGAUUCUAGUCUAUCACAACGUUACCCAGCAUCAUUUCAUUGGGCUUCCCUGACAAUUCGCCUGUACUCAUUUGCACUCAUGGGUGGAGAGAGGCACUUAUGACCCAGCAAGGUCUCGAAUCCAGACCUCUCGAGCCGGAGUCCAGCGCACUAACCAUUAAUCCAUCGCGUCUCCCGUCGAUGUUUUUAAGAGUAACCCUUGUUUUGUAGAGUUUCCGACCCGGAGAUGGGAAGUUCUGAGAUUCGAAGUAUCGCGGGACACUCCCAUACUUGUGACAAUAGCGAGGAGUUACAUAUAUCUCUUUUUGUGUGCUAGUCUUUGUUGGUUCGUUCAUAUGCGUACAUAAAGACGAUCAAGACUAAUUCCUAAAUUGCUUUUGUUGUUGUUUUUUUUUAGAGUUCUUCAUCAGAUUCAAUACCUCGGUUUAAAAGAAAAUAUUCGCGUCAGACGAGCCGGAUUUGCAUUUCGUCGUCACUUUGAACAGAUCGUGCGCAGGUAAGUUUUAAUUUCUUAUUAACUAUGAGAGUUUGAUAUUACGAGGACUAGAACAUAUUAUUUAUUGCUUCAUAAGAGCAGUUUUCGAAAAAUGUGUCGAAAAACCAAAACCAAUGGCAUCACAACUUACCAAUCAGAGCAAAGAUCAACAUCAUGAUGGACCGAUGACAACUCAAAGUCAACAUAGGCAACCUGCUUGAAGUGCGGGAAAAAGUGAGCGACGUACCAAGUUUGGAAUGGUUUUAGUUUUGCAUACGAUUGGUGCUAAUGGUAGCGCCAGAUUUCUAGACCAGUCACAGAGCGAAGUAAAGAAAAAUCAAACAAAAAUCCACGAUCACUUUCGAUUCUCAGUUAAAAACUGGCCCAUUUUUUGGCACACUAUGGCUGCUUAUUUAAAAUUUAGACUGAUUAUUCUCAACUCGACACUUGUGGUUGUUCUCGCACACCGCGCAAAAGAGCGAAACUGGAAACACAUUACUCGAAAACAGUCAGCGAUUAUUUGUACAUGAAACUGUCUGUUCUAAUUUUUGACGCUUGAUUUAUCAUUUUGUUCCACUGUUGUCAAUGUAUCUUUACAGUAUGGCUUGUUUUGUCUGGUCAUAAUGAAUUUUCUCCCAUAUGCAUAGAAACUGAUUUGUUUUAUGAUGACCAUGAUAAGUUGGAUGUGUGUCUCUUUAGAUACGGUAUUGUUUCCCCUGAAGUGAACAACAGCUGGACUGGUGACCCAGCCGAAGGUUGUGAAAUGGUCAUGAGAGAUUCUGGCAUCGAUCCCUCUCGAUGGAAAAUUGGCAAAACAAAGUUGUUUCUCAAAGAACCAAAUACAGUAAGUAAAUUAGGAGGUUUUUUUUGUUUUCUAGUAUAGUUAAAGACUCUUGUUAGGUCACCAUAUCAAGCUAUUUGACGAACGCAUUGGCAGAAUCCCUAUUGUUCUCGCGACAAUUACAUGCAGCGGCGAAAAUGUUACAGAUCUGGCCCCAGUUGUUCGAAGGUUGGAUAGCGCUAUCCACCGGAUGAAUCGUUAUACGGUGAACAAUGCUGUACGUUUUGCAGUUACUUAUCCGCCAGAUAGCGAUUUAUCCGUUGGAUAACGUUAUAACCUUUAUACAACUGGGCCUUGUAAUAUUAGCGGCGAAGCGUAAACAGGAAGGCUACCAUUGGUCGGAGAUCACGCGCGCUUUUCUCCGAAGAGAAGACUACCGUAGCUCAAUAACAUGUCGAAGCGAAGCUAAGAAACAAAGGCAUCGUAACUUAUUGUCUCAUCAAUUUUUUCUGAUAUCACACUUAUCGCGAGUAUAAUUAUUUGAACCUGGCUAUUUCAAGCGUUGGAUUUGUAAUGGAAAUAUGGAUUCGAAUUUUACCGAAGGCCAAUUUUUGUUCAUCUCUCGCUAAAACUAAACCUAUUACUAAAAUUUAAUCAAUAUAAAUUUCGCUUCAUGUCAAUUCUCCGACGGUUUGACUCGUUGCAAACAUAUUGUCGGAUUUAGGAAAGGAAUGAGAUAAAAAUGCAUUGAUUAAAUAAGUUGUCAUUUUUUUCAGCUUAAUGAACUGGAGGAUAUAAAAAAUAAAAUCCUGGAGAAGUACUGUGUCAAAAUUCAAGGUGUUUAUCGGACCUACAGACUGCGCAAAAGGUUUCUAAGGAUACGGAAAGGUUCGUGCACAUUAUUUUUGUAUUUAUUCCCUGAAUGGGACUUUGCACGGUAGUGUGAGGCCAUUGACUUAUUGACCAAUGAUGGAGUUAUGUCAAAUGCUACGACAUGCUACGACAAGUGUGUAGAAAUUCGAACUAUAUGCGAACUUAUCCUGAACGUGUAUUCUCAAUAAAGCUUCGGACGUAUUAUCCUAAGUAAAGUGUGUCAUUCUGCAGCCUUUCCCUACUCUUAUAAGGAAUAAUUUGAUGAUGACCUUGAAUGCACAGAAUUGUUAAUUGAUAUUUUUAGUUUGGCGGCAUUUCUCAAAAGUCUAGAGACCACAAAACUGUAAAUCAAAAAUUUAUUUUUCAAAUCGUCAAUGUCAUUCCCUUCAAUAUCAACGAACGCUUUUCAUUCGACUUAUUUACUUUUGUGUUUUUCGCGACACCAUUUGCCACCAAUAGCGCAGCUCCAUCUUCUCUGGGUAAACAACACACAACCCACAGAUACUCUUUUGGCUCUAAGGAAGGGCUAACGCUCGAAACGUCAGCUACAAGAUCCCUUUUUUCAUUUAAUUUUUUUUCCUGUAAUUUUAUCUUCAAGGUGUUGUUGUGAUUCAGAAGUGUUAUCGUCGAUACAGGGACCGUCAUAUUCUCGGCAGGAUGAUUGCCAUUAAGAAAUUGUUGAAAGGUAACGUAACACAAGGCAGAAGAAACAACAGUGUAAUAAUCAUACUGUGAACAAAGACGCUACAUCUAAGGGGGCCUUUUGGUUGGAAAUUGGAAAAGUUUGAAAACUUUUUUGGUGAGAAAACUAAGGUGCUGUUGUACGAUAUACCGUUUAAACAAUAUUUAUGUGCAAUAAAAGGCGGUUUAUGAUGUAUUUCAGAAGAAAAAAUAGCGAGUUCUACUUUUUUUUUAGCUUUCUUUUACCCCCCCUCUUCCACCCACCCCACACCGGCAAUAAAUUAUGACCGAUCCCUAAGUAUUGCCUUUAUAGAGGUCGAUGUGCUUGGUGAUAAGAAGAAGAGAAGAGAUUCAUGGGAUAUGGGCUUCAAAGGAGACUACAUCGGUUUUCAGAACCAAAAACCUCUGCAGAAAAUCAUAGGUAAGUUACUUUUUACAUUAAAGCUCUGUUAACUCAAACCUCGAAUAUUCCAACCUGUUUCAGUGUAUCAAUGUAAUAUCUCCGGAUGUAGGCUUGUGCCUUUUAUCACCGCAAUUUAAUUCGAGAUAUCUCAAAGUUAGGCGGGGAACCCGAGAGACUAGUUUUAGUACAGCACUGUAAUUUUACCCAGAUUUCUCAAACCUGAUAUGUCAGUACAUCACUGUAAAUGCCCCCUGGUGUAGACUUGUUCGUAUAUCACUUCAAUUAAACCCUGGAUAUCUCAAAUAUGGGCGAGGUCCUCGGGUAUGGACUUCAGAUAGUAUAAUGAUCACUGUAACUUUAUCCCGGAUAUCUCAGACUUAGGCCGGGUCCCAUGUUUGGACUUUUGUCAAUGUAUCAACGUAAUUCCAAACUCGAUUUCUGAAACUAUCUUAGACCUACACAAUCCAAACGAGACCUAGCUAACCUUAACUGUGUUUUGAAUUCCUUUUCUAAAUAAAAACUGUGAUGCUUUUGUGUUUAGCGGAUACCAGGGUUGAGUUUGCGGCUGAAGUCAAUAAAUACAGCCGUGAUGGGAAGGUAAGGCUUGGUCGCUCGCUUUCAUUUCUGUCGUUAAAAGUUUGUUUCUCAAGACAUUCAUUUUCUUUUGUCACAGGAACAAGAUCGCCUCCUUAUUUUGACAACGAGUUGCUUAUACGUCAUUACUCAAGUAAGAGUGGGAUAUUUAGACAGGCUGGCUCAGUUCAGCUUUAAAACUGAAAGAGGGGGAUUGUAUGAACAUUAGGGACCUUAAGCAGAAAGGACGGCAACGCCAAUGAAGACUUCGAUUAAAAAAAUGAAUUUCUGCCUUUAAUUAGAAUUUCAAAAAUGGCCGCAUGUGUUUACCGUCUCAACUUCAGCAUAGCGUAUAAAAGAAGCGUUGAGUUCCAAAUGGAAAUUAAGAUAAUUUGCCGUCGCGGUUUCGGUUCGCAGACGACGCAAAUUGUGGUGAUUUCACGUUGUUGUUUUGCACGGGACGGCUAAGAAAUGUAUAAAGUUUUAAAACGCAAGUGCUGAGCUAUUGUUCUGCCAAUUAGAUCUUUCGUUUUUCCAUGUCCGCGUUGUCGUCGCCGUCGUGGUUUGCUUAAGGUCUCUUAUAACAAAAGGUCAGCGGACCACAGCACCGGGAGCUGCCUUCUCUACUCUCUGCAUUGCGUGAGUCCUUUAACGUCCCCUGCUAACCAGUGCAGAAAAAAAUGCAAGAGACGGGGUAUACAGUUUAUUGUCUAUAUCUGAGAAGAUUAUACAAUGUCUAACCAUUUGUGGAUAUUCGAGGAUAUCAUAAUAAAGAUGGCACAUUCUCCUCAAUUGUUUAAGACCCUGAGUGUUGAUUCGGUCUGAGGCUUGAAACCCUCGACUUCCCGCUUGGUACUCCAGCGCUAACAACAUGAACUAACCAACCUCAGUCUUCUUCUUUAAUGAGUUUGGCACAGAGGACCAAUACUUGACUGGUUUAACCAUAUCCUACAUGAAAUGAAAGAUAUUAGUUGAAGGACGUGCCUAUUGAUGAAUUGUAAAUGAAAAAUCAGUCUACAUUUCACACUGGAAACUGCAAGCCAUCUCUACACCUUCGAGCGGUGCACUUAUUUAAGUUUACAAUUACUUUCACAGACGAAUUCCUCUUUCACAGUUAGACGGAAGCUACCCAUGACUAACAUAAAUCAUGUAACAGUGAGGUAUGUUAUUUUACUGAAUAAGCAGUGCAGUGAAGAGGCUGUUUUUGCCGCAAGCUCGAACAUGUUUUGCACAAUUGCGUUGAUUAAUUAAUUAAACCAUAACGGGUGUGACAUUAAAAGCUAUAACUGUAGACCAGUAAUAAUCCUGGAUAAGAAAAGUGCGCUCCAUGGAGCAUUGAUAUUUUUGUAAUAAAAUCCACCCUAAAACAAAACCUACAAACAUCCAUUGGUGGCUUGACUCUCAGUUUUGAUUGAUGCGCACUCUGAUUUAUUUAGAGUAACUCAUUUCAUUCAAUAAAAUGGCUGCAAUUUAACAACAUAUCUAAUCACAGCAUCCAGGCCGAAGGAAGUUAGAUACCCGCAUGAGAUCAAGGACAUGUGUGUUUGUAAGUCCAAAAUGGUGUCGAAAAGUUGAAAAGUGAUACCCGCGCGAUAUCAUAAAACCGGUGAGACCGAAAAACGACAUGAAUAGAAUGCAUUCUCCUACGUUGCACUCAAAUAUGAAUCAUUGAGCUCUUGUGUUGUUGUUUCAGCCCCAAUGACGACUCUUUCUUUGUACUUCAUGCCAAGGAAUAUGAUAACAUAUUUGAAUGUGGCAUGCUUCCUGAAGCUCUAAACAGAUUAGCUGUUGUGUAUCAACUGGAGAGAAACUCUGAGCUGCAACUUAAUGUGUCUGACAAGUAAGACUAGUCUGUUCAAUCUCUUACAAGUUUACUUGAUAUUCCUCAAUAGGUCAUUUUACAGUUGUGCACUUAGUUCCCAAGCCUUUGAUUUGGAGUGAGGCUGAAGUUGUCCACGUUGUGAUAAAAACCAGUAUCUGGUUAAGCUUAGUUGGCAUGAUAACAAAGUCAUUUGCAUUUGAAAAGCAGCAAGAUUUGUAUUAGAAGAAGGCCAUCCUUAGCCGCACUCCUGUUCAAAGGCUUGGCAACCAAGCACGCAACUGUAAAAUGGACUAUAGGGACCUUAGGAAAACCCCAACGACGACGGCAACGAGGACACGGUAAAACAAGAGAUCUAAUGUGCAGAAUAAUACCUCAGCACGUGCAUUUUAAAACCUUGUGCAUUUCUUAGUUGUCCUCUGCAAAACAACUUCGUGAAAUCACCAAACUUUGCAUAGUCUGAGAGCAGAAACCUCGACGGCAAAUUAUCUAAGGUUCCAUGCGGGACUCAACGCCACUCACACACGUUAUGCUAAAGUUAUGCGGUCGUCCGAUUUUGUCAAUCUCUCGUAUCAUUACAGACCGAAUUGGACUCCACUCGGUAUCCUCAGUAUUUUCGUCCUAACUGCGAAGGUCCCUAUUGUUUAUUACGAGGCAUACCAAACACCUCUUUAUCUGUGGGAAUGACGCAGUAUUCUGCUUAAUAACAUGUAUUAUGUUUACCCUUUAACUCCCAUGAGUGACCAAGACAGAAUUUCUCCUUACAAUAUCAAUACAACAUUAACCAGAUAAGUGAUGAGAAUAAAGAAAAAUAUCAAUUCGGGGACAAUUAGUUGAUCCAAUACUAAAUUCUCUGAACUAACAUUAUAGCAAUUACAUGUUUGACAGUAAGGAGAAUGAAACAGUUGAUCUGGGAGUUAAAGGGUUAAUUAUUCUCAAAUAGUUGAUCUGGACGCAUGAUAACGAUCAACUUCUUUGAUUACAUUCAAUUGGAUUGCUUCAGCCCAGCAAUUCAGAAAAAAAACAUGUAACAGAGGAUUAAAAAGGAGUCAACGAAACAAGUCAACAAAAAUACGUGUGUUCUCUGUGAGAAUAUCUUCGAAUCUACGUUAUCCGAGCUCAAUAUAUAUAUAUAUAUAUAUAUAUUUAUAUAUACAUCUAAGCGCCGAUCAAAACAAUCGAAGAAAAUUAAACUAAUAGUUCAUAGCAUUGACGAAACAGUACUACUUGUUUUGCAGGGUUGAUUUUCACAUAAAAGGAGGAGAUGUCCGCCAUGUUUGUUUCUUAGAAAAAGGCGAAUCGAAAUUAAAAACGUCACCGUCUAAAAAUACGUUUACUGUUGCUGCUGAUGUAGGUAUGAAUGAAAUCGUGGAUUUUUCAUUUAUAACCUUCAAAUAAGUUCGAAAGAAACUAAAAUUCAAUGUUCCAGUAUAAGAUCAUUCAUCGCAUUCUAUCCUCGAAAAGCCUGUUAUAUAAGAUGCAUACUAUCUCACUAUCUAACACUUGCUUAGAAAAUGCACGAAAGCUAAAUCUUUCUCGUUACUAUUUAGCCAUAAACCAUUUUGAUUAUUAUAGCAAAAUGUUAUCUAUUCGUCAACGCCAACGCUAAAAACAAAUAGGUUGCCCAGUUGACAUCACUCCCAAUAACCUGAAGUUAUUUGACUAGCAUAGCUUGACCACGUAUGGUACAUUCCAUGCAUUCAACAAUUCAAACAUUUCGUUUGAAAACACAGAUAGUCAAUUAUAAUUCAUUUCAGUCAUGUUACCCCUUUAGUGUGAACUGAGUUUCCGAAUCAAAUUCAACAGGUUCUUUAGUUGAAGAUGUCGAAAUUCCUGGAGUGCAAACUGAGAAAAUUCCAAGCAUUACUAUGUCCGUUGACAAAGUCGAGCGGAAACUGAGUUCCACAUAUGGUGUCAAUGCUCCAGAUCCCAGCGCUUUCUCAGCUGUGGUUAAAGCAAUAUUCGGUCCGUCAGGGGGAAGCGUGAAAUGCAAAGAAGUACUUGUAGACCUUCCAGAAGGCUCCUUGACAUCAGAAACUAAAGAAGUUUGUAUUCAGCUGUGCAGAGACAAAAAGCAAGUUGCCCCACUUAGCGACGCGGAAAAGAUUGUCAGCCAUGUGGUGGAACUCAGCCCUCUUGGAAAGCCAUUGUGUAUGUUUGCUGAGCUUUGUCUACCUAUUGAAGAGAACGUUGAGGCGAGCCAUGCACAGUUUCUUCGUUGGACCCCAACACAAUCAGGAGAGAAAGCUAACUGGAGUGACGUCUUUGUUUGUGACAAGAAACACCGCUCUGAUGAGAGUCAAAUCGCUCUUGAAUUUAGCGAGGGCAAGGCAAGGGUGUUCACUAAACAUUUUGGAAUAUUUGGCAUAAUUGCUACCGAGGAACCCAAAGCACAUGAUACACCUACAUUGCUUCAACGAAUAGGAAACAUGUUUAAGAGAGGCGACACGCAAACACAUAUUUCUGACACUGAGGAUAGCUGUGCAACAUCCCCAUCAGCUGAUCCAGCUGUGACCCCGUCUCCUGUGUCCCCUGUAUCCUCUAUCCCACCUCCAAACCCAGGCCCUUCCGCCCCUGCUCCGCCCAAUCCGGACCCUCCCUCCACUGGCUCAUCGCCACCUCCUCCUCCCCCUCCCCCUCCUAAACCUUCUUCAGUCUCGGCUCCAUCUUCUAAAACUUCAAAGGGAGAUAAAUCACUGGCUACUCAGUUGGCAGCACGCAAGAAAAAGAUGGAUUGUUGACAAUGUAAGGCAAAACUUUUAUGUAAAGAUUUGAACAGGAGUUGAAAAAUGUAUUCCUUUUCACCGGAAAUCAAGUUUCAAAAUCUCAUCUGGAAUAAUCUGCUCUUCGUAUCAAAGAUGAAUAAAAUCUUUCCUUCUCACAACCUUAUUUCUAAAAAGUUAUAUAUUUUUAACUCGAAUAACGAAAAUAAUUUUCAAACUGUGUAGGGAAACUAUUUCAUAAAGGGGAACUCUUUACCAGCGCAACUGGGUGAUCUUUCCAGCGAAGAGGCGCGAGGGAGGAAAUUUUGACCGAGAACUGGUUUAAAAACUAUUCAUGUUUGGCAAAGUAGACACUUUCCAGGUAGAGAGCAGUUUCCUGUCCAUAAACAAAUGCUUCUGAAACGCGUUCAUGAGGGACAUGUUUUCGCAAAAGAAUAG